GCCCCCUGCCCAGCGGCGGUGGCGGUGCGUGCUCCCGCGCCUCCCUCCCUCAGUGCCGCCGUCCCGCCGAAGCCCGAGCGCCAUGUCUUCGCCUCCCGAAGGGAAACUGGAGACGAAAGCCGGACACCCGCCCGCCGUGAAAGCCGGCGGGAUGAGAAUUGUCCAGAAACAUCCUCACACGGGAGACGCCAAAGAAGAGAGAGACAAGGAUGACCAAGAAUGGGAGAGCUCCAGCCCUCCUAAGCCGACCGUGUUCAUCUCUGGUGUUAUUGCCCGGGGCGACAAGGACUUUCCGCCGGCGGCCGCCCAGGUGGCUCACCAGAAACCCCACGCCUCCAUGGACAAGCACGCCUCCCCGAGGACCCAGAACAUCCAGCAGCCACGCAAGUGACCCUGCGCCCCGACCCGCGCCCAGACCCGCGCCCUGGCCCCCACCCACCCAGCGCAGCUCCCCGACAAACCCCAGCGGCCUGCUUAAUCCUGUGUGGCGGGGAAACCGAGCGCAGAGCUCCCCACAUGCUCUUCAGUGUCCACAAUCAAAAUGAGAAGGCGCUCAGAGCGCCAACGCGGUGGGCGAUGUGCCUGGCGAGGUGGGAGGGGCACCGUGCCCACGAAGAGGACAUCUGC